GAGUUCUGACGCGGGAAAAAGUGUACUAGGGUCGGCUGACUGGAAGAACUACCACCGCGAGUUUGGCGGAAAGUACCUAGUUUUUACCCAAGCAGGCGCUGAGAAAUGAUUAAUUUGCUACGCUUCCUUUUCUGGAAAUGAAUAUUUCAUUGCAGAGACGACCCAUAAAGUGUUCUUAAAAGUUCUGGGAUUAGACUGGACCGCACGGGGACUGUAAAGCUCUUUCUUGGCACUGGAUACUUUUCUAUGACACUUCUGAUACCUGAGAGGAUUUCACGGAAUAUUUUAUAAAAGGCGGUUAGAAAUUUUUUGAUAUAUAUUUUCUUUUCCCUCACGAUGACAGACGCCAAGCACCCUCAUGUGAUUUUUUGCAACGAUUCACCUAAAAGAGUCCUGGUUUCUGUGAUCAAGACAACUCCAAUCAAGCCGAAAGCCAUGGAGUCUGUGAUGCCCACUAGUCCCGGGUUCAGUGAUUUUAUGGUGUAUCCGUGGAGAUGGGGAGAAAAUGCACACAAUGUAACCCUGAGCCCCGGAUCCGGCACUGGAGCCGCCUCUCCCCCGAGAAACAGUGCUGCUGCUGCAGAAACGGACAUUGGGUCCUGCACUGACCACAUGAAGGAUGGGAUCCGCCGUGGCCGCCCACGUGCUGAGACUGUGCGCGAGCUCAUCAGUGAGGGUGAGAACUCCACUAGCCGUAUCCGCUGCAACGUCUGCAACCGUGUUUUCCCCCGAGAGAAAUCACUGCAGGCGCACAAACGCACACACACGGGUGAAAGGCCGUACCUGUGUGACUAUCCAGACUGUGGGAAGGCUUUCGUCCAAAGCGGCCAGCUGAAAACCCACCAGCGACUCCACACCGGGGAAAAGCCCUUUGUUUGCUCAGAGAAAGGUUGUGGUAGUCGUUUCACUCAUGCUAACCGACACUGCCCUAAGCACCCAUAUGCCAGGCUGAAGAGAGAAGAGGCGAGUGGCGAGCCUGGAAAAUCACAAGGGGCUGACAACAAGGCUGUCGCCGAGUGGUUAACAAAGUAUUGGCAGAUGCGUGAGCAGCGAACCCCAGUACCAAGUAAAGGAAAAACCCUAAAUAAGGCAACAGUGGAGGAUCAGGAGCAGCAGGACCCCAUGGACUUCCUGCCGUCUGAUGAAGCUGAAGAGGAAGAGCAGGAUGAGGGGAAGAGCGCAGGAGGAGGAGGAGGAGCUGCUCGGCGACGCCUUCAGGAGCAGAGAGAGCGGCUCCAUGGAGCACUGGCUCUUAUUGAGCUAGCCAACAACCUGUCUCCAUAAACUAAACCCUGGGGUUGCAUAUUGCUGGGUAAAUUCUAGCUUACAUCCAAAAAUGACUAGCAAAACAUCUAAAUAUUUGGAAUUUUGGUCAGUGAACCACAUUUGCAACCCUAGGAAUUACGGCCUGUGGUGGCCGACAUAAGCUAAAAAGCACCUUAUUUUUUGCUUCCAGUUUUAACCUUAGGCUGCUACUAUUGUAGAUUUGUUUAUAUGAAGAUUGUUGUACUUUUUUCAGCUUAUCAAAGAGAAAGAUGAUCUUUUUUUGUUUCGUUUGGGUUUUGUCAUGCACUUUUUUGCGUUAACGAGUUUUUCUCUUUCAGUCGCGUGUGGAAUUGAGCAUGUUUAUAUCAUGUACAUAGAUGGACAUAAAUGUGUGUGGUUGUGAUUUGGAGUGCCUAAAGAUGCGGCACUUGUCAUUUGGUUUGGGAAUAAGCAGACCAGUCAAGAGGAACCAGCAUGGGCUUUGUGUGAGAGGAGAGCUCUCUGAUAAGCUGCACCUGAGUUAACAUAGUAGUGCAUUUUGUUACACAUAUUCAGUCCACUGUUUUGUCAUUUGUAUGCUAUACUACACCUGAGGUUUAGACUGUGCAGUAACAUGAACUAACACAAGCUUGGUAAAUCUAUAGAAAGCUCCAUAUACUUUCCAACAUGCAACAGCAUUUUAGCUUAUAGCAGCCAGUGUUUAAUGGUCACAUUGUCAUAUUAAAGAUAAUUCACAUUAUUUAGUGUUACUUCUACAAGAAAGCAGUUUGGCAGUGGGAUCCUCGUUAAUGGUUAUGUCAGCUUUCAAAGUGUGACUGGAGAAAGAUUUUCCACUUAAUCAACAGACAGCACUUGUUUUGGCAAUGAGAAGAGUUUUGAUUUUUAUUUUUCUUUAACUGUGAUUAGAUAUUUACAGUUGAACACUACAUUAGUACAUUUUUCCCCUCUCCAAAACCUUUGCCAUCACUUGACCUUCUUUUCAUUGUAUCUCUUUGAAAAAUGUAAAGUCUUUCAAAUGCUGAUUAAAUUGGAUGGUCAUUACAGUCAAGUUUGGUCGAAUUACAACUCCAAAGCCUAAUCUGGUGACAAUAACUGUCAAUACAAAACUGGAAAGUAUCUCUACUCUUGAACAUCUAAAACGAAAACAGAUGAUAUAAUGUACACCUGAUUUUUGUAUUGUGCUCUUAUAUGUUUGUAUAUAAAUGAAUAAUAUAUUCCACCAAGUCUUUUGGAAACAUGCACGAAUUCUAAGUUAAAUUUUCAGAAGAAUCCUUUGUGAUAUUUGUGUGAGUGUGCGCAUGACACAGAAUGUAAAUCAAGUUCAGUCUGUAACAUGGAAAAGGUUGAUGUUUGAAAAAGGACAUUGUAAAUGUACAAAGCAGGCAUUUUUUUUUGAUUUAUCCUGGUUAGUACUGCUGGUUUUCAAUAAACACCGUAAAUGACUGACAAUAA